AUGAUUUUGUCCGAUGAAAAGGGUGAUAGGAUUGAAGCUUCCAUUGCUCAUAAAGGACAUAUACAAAGAUAUGUCAAAGAUUUAGUAGAGGGUGGGGUUUAUCAAUUUGAGAACUUCGAAGUCGUGGACAAUGAUGAUGACAAUUACAAAACUUGUGACCAUCCUUGCAAAAUUAUGUUCCAUGCAAUGACAUUUUUUCAAGAGCAUGAUUUGCCAAUCCCCCUGUAUGCAUUUAACUUUGUUCCAAUCAAGGACAUUGCCAACAACAAUGCCAAAAACAAUAAAUUAGUUGAUAUUAUUGGAUUUCUACAAGCAUUUGGGAACUUGGUUGAUCAUAAAAAUGAUUUUGGAACAACGAAGAAAUUGGCUCUCACUAUUGCUGAUCAAAAUGAAAUCCAAGUAAAUGUAUCUCUUUUUGGGGAGGUCGCAAAAAAGGCGUUUGAGGCGAGGACAGAUGAUUUAGAAGUCCCCACUAUAGUUGUCAUACGGUUUGCUAAGAUUGCAAGGAAAAAAAGUUAUGGACACAUAUCUAAUGCCUUUUAUGUGACAAGAGUUUAUUUCAAUCCAGAUUUUCCAGAGGUCAGGAGUUUUAUUGACAGCCUCAAUGUUAUGCCUGGAGCAAGUCAGGCUUUCUCACAGAUCUCUUCUACUGUAGUGCCCGAGAUUACCAGUGACUCUCUCUUAACUUUCCCUACUAGAAUUCCAUUGGGUGAAAUUUCCAUAUUAACAGAGGCAUCAGAAGUUGUUACCAAAGUAACCAUCCAAAAAGUUGAGACAUCUUACGGUUGGUACUAUGAUGGAUGUCCAUGCGAUAAAAAGCCAGCAUAUGAGGGUGACAAAUUGAAAUGCAAUUCUUGUCAUAGGGAAGUACUAAUGACUGAACCCAAAUUCAAGCUUCAUUACACAGUUUUUGAUUCUACUGCAAAGUGUUCCAUACUGUUCUUCAACCGUCAUGCAUCCGAACUCAUACAUUGUUCAGCGGUUGAUCUUAGGAAGGCAGUAGUCAAGAGUUCACCAUUGGAGUCAUCUGCGUCUGGAUCAUGUGAAAAAAUGACGAGCAAUGAUAGAUCUGUUGAAAAUGAUGAUAUUAACACAUCUCAGUUGAUGACUUCUACAACAAAUUUGACAAAGUGGUAG